UACGAAUCUUCCGCGGUGUACCGCGUCUUAUUCAACGACGACCUAUUCGAGGUCGUCGUACGCAGCCUGCUUUACCGAGGCACAUGCGACCGUGCCUCCGUCGCCCGCCUGGCGAGGACUUCGUCACAAUUCACGUAUGCCGCCAUGCGGUUCCUAUGGGAGAAGAUGACGUCGCUCGUCCCGCUGUUCAAGACGAUCCCGGGAUUGCGUUGGUCGAUCCACAUUGAGCGAGACACACAGCUUUGGCAUGUUCAUGCUCCCACCAGUGACCCGGCGUCGCUCGUGCUCGAUACAUCGGCAUUUCAGCGAUGCGCAACAUUCAUCAAGGACUUCGCCUGGGAAACAAACGAAGACGUGACUCCGUCGACGUUGAUUUUUUUCGCCAAAGCGUUGGAAGGGUCUGUUUCAUUCUGGAUGACCAAUAUCCAUGUCUUCAAGUGGCACGAACAUCGACAUGUCCCCACGCUCCCUCCUCCGUGUAUUUCGGAGCACCGACGUUGAAGGAUAUCUCCAUAACUGCUUCUGACAUCGAGCAACCCAUGUUGCUGCGCAUACUCGAAGAUCUGCCGGUGCUGUGCCCAGAACUUGAGCGCGUCGUCAUCAAGCACCCAACGCGGCGGCAGAACUGCACACACAUCACAUAUUCUCCAGACAUCUUCCCCGCAUGCAAUCAAUUCUUCUACGAUAUGCUCAACGGCCCCUCGGGCAGCUCGACACUGCGACACCUCACCACGUGCAUCACGCUCACUUGGGACGACGUCUUCCUGCUCGCACAGAUGCCGAGGCUCGAAACUCUCGACGCCACGGUGUGCGCGCCGCCCGAGUACCCCGAACCCCCGCUCCCGGAAGGCGCUUUCCAGAGCCUCAUUCACUUGAAGCUCGAACUCUUCGAACUGGAUGACUUGAUGGACCGUCUGCUAGGUGGCAUAGACUGCCCGGGGCUGGAAAGUCUUGACGUGGAGGUCACAGAAACACCCCCGAAGGAACCACAGAUUCGUCGGUUCUUUGAGCGCGUAGCGCUUGGCACAUUCCGGGACGGCCUCGAGCGGCUCCGGUUCGAGGUCUGGUGGCAUAUACUUCCCGACGAGUGGGAUGAAUGUGUCCCUGGGAUUUCAAUGUCGAUGCGUACCCUAGGUCCGCUACUGCAGCUGCCGUCUUUGGCUUCGCUAUCCUUGAUGGUGCCCAGGAUCUGCCUCAGGUACCCGGACGACUUCAGGGAGCUAUCACUGGCUUGGCCCCAGCUCAGGAAAAUCAGCAUCCUACAAUUCUCCAACGCGGUGUCCCCUGCCGACGUCGACGGGUUAUGCGCAUUCGCAGCGUUGUCGCCCAAUCUGAAGUCCAUAGCAUUCGACGUCAAUGGCGACUUUAUUCCUUCGCCGCCUUACUACUCUCCCGAGGACAUGCCGUUGCGCUCGGCGUCAGUCAGGAAGGUUACUUGCUGCGUCUACAGGCAGCUGUCCCAAGACGAGGUCCUGGCUUAUUUGAAGUUUAUUUUCCCGAAUGCUGUGGUAAAGCCGACCCUGGAAUCGGACCGACGAGUGAGACGAUGGCGAGAAUGGGAUGAUGAGUAAUUGGAUGUCCGUCCUUGCUGAUUCACGGACUCGGGGGUCGUGCGCGUUAUGUUUCAAUAUGCCAACAGUUCACGUAUUUCUGUUUAUAGACAAUGCAUUAAUGCGUAUAUGACCGCUCAAGCUCAAGGACCAAUGUGUACACCAUACGGCACUACUGUUAACGCCCCGCAGUGCUAUGUAAACCACACCUAUGCGUAAUCAUACUUGUUACCCCCCCCUGGCUUGGGCAUGCGAGAUUAAGAUAGCCUCCUCCUCAAAUCGGCCAUGGGCAUUGUUCCUAGUCAAGCGUUAGUCUUAGUCGCUUCAGCAACACAAGCAGGCACAAUCUCUCUGAGUGGAGCCUGAGGGCGGCCGCUUAUGACAGGAGCACGCCUCGAACAUCAGCAGCUACCUAACCCAGCUAGAAAUGAAGUGCGACGCAGCCUGACCGCACUCAUAGAAGACCCACUCACAUGGAUGGGUCACACCGCAGAGU